AUGGCAUCGAAUCAAAAGUUGUGCUUGGUGUGUGGUGAUAAAGCGCUGAGCAAUAACUUCUGUGCCAUUACUUGCGAGUCGUGUAAAGCAUUCUUCCGGAGAAAUGCCACAAAACUUGACGAGUGCAAUAAAUGUCCGUUUGAUGACAAAUGUGAGGUUAAUGUACACAACCGUAGACUUUGCCGCAGGUGUCGACUCCGCAAGUGUUAUGCCGUCGGAAUGAAACAUAAUAUUCUUGACAUCUCACUACUGACUCCUAGUCUAUCGCCGGGAACUGACUGCUCAUUAGAAAUGUUGGACACAAACGACUUUAACGCCGAAGACUUUUUAGGCAUUUCUAACAAUACGUACCGAAAGGCAGUGGAACUGGAGCUGUCAGUACUUCCCAUUCCCCGGGCAUUCAACAACUACCACAGUCUCACUCGUGAGGAAUGGAGUCGAGUCUUUGAACUGUUCAGCGAAACGGUUAAAACUCGCGAGUGGUCUGAACCCCAGCACACAAUUAUCGCCACAACUAUACCGGAAGUGGCCACU